AUGAUUAUAUCCAGAAACUUUGACAAAACCAAAUAGUAAGGGAAGGAUUACUUAUAUUUGGGUGUUUGAAAAAAGAUUAAAGAAUGAGAAAUUUAUUAAAAAAUAAAGAAUUGAUAGAAUUUUAGAAACAGCUUUUUUCUUAAAUGUAGAUAUUUAUUUUUAAUAAUAUUCUUUUUCAAUUAAAUAUUAAAAUAAAAAUAUUUUUAAUUGUUGAAGAAUUAUUUUUACAUUUUUAUUGAUAAUAAUUUAUCGCGAUCAAUAGAAGCUGAACUUAUAAAAAGAAUUACAAAAAUUAAAAAUUUGUAAUAAUAAAUAAAGCUAGAAGUAAAUCAAUAAAAAAGAGAGUAAUAUUUAACAUUGUUAAAGAAGAUUUAUGAUGAAUUAGAUGAAUCUUUAGAUAAUAUUUCAGAAAUGUCAGAAGCUAUGAAUAUUGGUUUAAUAUUCCUUAAAGAUAUUUCUAGGGAUAUAAAGUAUAUAAAAGUUUAAAAUGAUCAUUUAUUUGUUAGUAUAGAUUAAGGAGGUGAGGAUAUUCAUAAAUUAAGAGAAAAAAAUUACUAAGAAUUAUUAGCAAUUGGAAAACAAAAAAUAUUAGCAUAAUCAAAAUUAGUAGAUAAUAUUUAUGUUCUAUACAUCUACAUAUUUUUGUGA